ACCCCAUUGGCGGAUGAAGCCAACAGCGGAAGUGGAGUCAUCCUUUUUCACCGACCGACACUGACACGAACUCACCGGUCAACACGGCCGUGUUGGUUUAUGUUGGGCCGCUUGCUCGGUAACGCAUCGCAGAGGGUCCCGAGCUUGUUGAAGAGGGUGUCGCUGAUCAUGAAGCCGAAGGUUAUCUUCGUCCUGGGCGGGCCUGGCGCCGGUAAAGGGACCCAGUGCUCCAAAAUCGUGGAGGCCUACAACUACACUCAUUUGUCCGCUGGAGAUUUGCUGAGGGAGGAGCGAGGUAGAGCAGGGUCUGAGUUUGGGCAGCUCAUCGAUACCUACAUUAAAGAAGGCCAGAUCGUCCCAGUGGAGAUCACCAUCAGCUUACUCAGGAAGGCCAUGGAAGAGACGAUGACCAAAGAUGAAACCAAGAGCUGUUUCCUAAUCGACGGCUUCCCUCGUAAUGAAGACAACCUUCAGGGGUGGAACCGGGUCAUGGACGGCAAAGCAGACGUCAAGUUUGUUCUUUUCUUCGACUGCAGCAAUGAGGUUUGCAUCAACAGAUGUCUAGAAAGAGGGAAGAGCAGUGGACGGACAGAUGACAACAGAGAGAGCCUGCAGAAAAGAAUCCAAACCUACCUGCUGUCUACGCGGCCAAUCAUUGAGCAAUAUGAGAAACACGGCAAGGUGCGCACCGUAGACGCUUCCCGCUCUGUGGACGAGGUGUUUGGUGAGGUGAAAGCCAUCCUGGACAAAGAAGCAUGAGUUUCUCCAAAUGUCGGCAACAUUCAUCUUUUUAAGUUUCAUUUUAUCCAAUAUACUUAAAUGGAUUUCUAUAUGUCUUUACAGAUGAGGUUUUAUGUUUGUUUUCUUUUGAUUUCCGUGUCUUUUGUAAGUGCAACGCUGUUUGUGCGAACACGGUGCCGCUUGGUACGCAUGAACGAGAGGUGAAGGUGCCCUGCAGCUACUCGUGAUCAACCUGCUCUUUUUUAGAAGAGCUUGCAGCUCAGUGUGGGGCCUUAGCGUUCAGACAAACAUGAUGUUUAGCACUAAUGUCUUCACGGUAUCGUGUCAUAAGGAGGAGCUGUGAUGCGUCAGACCAAACAGUCACGUGACCUGGUGACAAGGACCGAGUGCACUCUUUACUGAUCUGCCUACAACCUUUCAGACACCUCACUAAAAUGAAUCCGACAUCUGUCUCUUGUCUGAAGGACAGCGCUCGCAGGACCGUGGCUGGCGCCACGUGGAAGCAUCCGGCAGCAAUUUGGUUGUGAGAUAGGUUGAAGGAAUACGAUUUGUCUUUAGCAGAACAUUGUGAAACACUUCAUUAUAGCACUGACAUCUAAGACAAGUUGAAAUAAAAAUGUAGAUAAAAAUCAGCAUUUUUGUAAAAUGUGUUGAAGAAGGAUUCAUAAAGAUGGUUAAAACAAAAA